UAAUUCUGUUUUUGUUAUUUUUAAAUUAAAUCAACAGUUUGUAUUUAAAACAUAACAUUCAAAAAAUCAUGAAAAAGUUUUCCCUGAUCGUGGCCGUUUGCUCGAACGGUGGAAUCGGCAUCAAGGGUGAUCUGCCCUGGCGGUUGAAAUCCGAGCUGCGGCACUUUGCCCGAAUGACCAAACGGGUCGCAGACCCCGGCAAGUGCAACGCCAUCAUCAUGGGCCGCAAGACGUACUUUGGCAUCCCGGAAGGCAGACGUCCCCUGCCGGACCGUCUGAACGUCGUGCUAACGCGUGACCCCGCCUCCAACACCUAUCCGGAAGGGGUUUUGGUUUGCACCAGCUUGGAGGACGCUCUGGCGAAAAUCCAGGACCAGGUGGAAAACAUCUGGAUUAUUGGAGGAAGCGCGGUCUACAAGGAGGCCAUGGAGUCGCGGCACUGCCAUCGGAUUUACUUGACCGAGAUAUUGGCCCCGUUCGAGUGUGAUGCGUUCUUUCCGGAGAUUGGGAAGGAGUUCCGGCAGGUGGGGAACGAUGCCGAUGUGGCAGAGGAGGUGCAGGAGGAGAAUGGGGUGCGGUUUCAGUAUAAGAUUUACGAAAAGAAGGCCAUUGAUUAAUAAGAAGUUGCCAAAGAAUAAAGUAUAAUUUACAUUUUAAACACAGAGCAAUUCCAGCCCAAAACAGGAAUUUUUCAGGUACUUUUUUCUCGACCCUUUCCGAUUUCAAUGAAACUUUGUAGACAUGUUAUCCUUCGCUUAUAUAAGCCAUUUUUGUGUAUAUGGAGCCAGUUCCACUCGAUAAUGACAUUUGAGAAGGGCGUAAGUGUUUUAAAUAUUUUUGUAAUUCGGAAUUUAAAUAUUUCUGUAUCUCGAAGCCGUUGCAUCGUAUCAAAAAGUGGUCAAAGACAAACUUGUAGGAAAUUUGACGGGCUUUUCGAUAAAAAUACACUGAAAGAAAAAAACACUCCACUUUUAUGAGAUUUUUUGAUUUUUAAGUUUAAAAGUCAAAUUUGAGGGGGAGCCCACGAUUUUUUUUCGUUCAAAAUUUUUGUGAAGAUAGCCUAAGAUGUUACAAAAAGACUCACGAAAAAUGCAGGAUGGAGCAUCUCACCUAAAAAAAUACAAAAAUCUUUUACUGAAACUGUUUUUUUGAAAAGUGCUCUAAACGUCAAAAUUUUCAAAAACCGAAUACGGGAAUCGAUUCUCCAGACAAUUUUACAUAAAAGUCUCCAUAUCGACUACUAUCCUAAGUCCAAUCCUUGUGAAGUUACAGCGGUUUUAAAAAUAAAAAUGUUGAAAAAAUA